UUGUCUUCAAAUUGGCGGCUGUCGCGAGAUGUCGCGUGUACGUUGUGGAGGGAACGGCGUGACUUUUGUGACAAAUGUCAACCGGUUUUUGAGUUUUUCGUUUUAGCGCGAAAAUACAAUAGUAGAACAGAAAAUCAUGCUCGUAACUGAAUGACGACUUUGACGUGAAAUACGAAUGCGACUCUUUUGAUGAGGCGGUGCGCGAGUGAAUUAGAUUCGUCGGAAAUUGUUUGCCGGAAUUUCUCGCGCGAUCGCGGUCGAGGUUUAGGUUAUCUUCGUUGACGGGUUUACUUUUAUCUUCUCAUUUUUAAAUGGCAGAAACGUCGUUCGAAAACAACUGCAACAAUGAGCCAGAUGUCGAGACAACUUGCAGUGACACGGAACGUCAUGACAGAGAACGCACUCCGCUACAGUCUGUGAAAUACAUCGACAACUCCAUUUUCAAUACCAUUUCUAAAAUUGUUAAUCCUACGACAAAGGUUCCAGAUAUCCAGGAUUUUAAAAUAGUAAAACCAAUAAGCAGAGGAGCGUUUGGUAAAGUAUUUUUAGGGUACAAGAAGUCCAAUCCUGAGCAGAUAUACGCGAUUAAAAUGAUGAAGAAGAACGAGAUGAUAAAUAAGAACAUGGCGUCGCAAGUUGUGAUCGAACGCAACGCACUGGCGCUGACUCGAAGCCCGUAUUGUGUACAACUGUUUUACUCGUUGCAAUCUCUCAGCACUGUGUAUCUAGUCAUGGAGUAUAUGGUAGGCGGAGAUCUCAAGAGUUUGCUCGGCGUUUACGGCUUCAUGGAGGAGCCUAUGGCGGCGUUUUACAUCGCUGAGGUGUGUUUAGCAUUGGAAUAUCUUCAUUCGCACGGUAUCGUGCACAGGGACUUGAAACCGGACAACAUGCUUCUCUCGCGCGAGGGACACGUGAAGCUCACAGACUUCGGACUCAGUAAAAUAUCGUCCCUGCACAGAGAUCUUGAAAUAUCCGAUCUGGUAAAUCCCACGACUCCUAGUUUAUGCACGAGAACGCCCGGCCAGCUACUCUCUCUGACGUCUCAUCUGUCUUUCGGCUCCGGUCAGAAGUCCAGCUGCGAAUCGAAUCUCAGCGACAGGAGUACACCCCUUAAUCUACUCUCCGCGUUGCAGAGACAUUGUACGAAGUCCGGAGGACACAUGUCGCCGAAUUCGGUUUCCUCAUACGCCGCGUCUGAAGAUUACUCUCGGAUAUCUGGCGUCACGCCUUUCCAAUCGGCGGAAGAUCUGCGAUUCGAGCAUAGUAAUCAAAGUAUAGAAGAGGAUGACAGCCUUGGUAAAAAGCAAGAGGACGAAAACACAGACACUUCGGACAGCUAUCACACCUGCGAAGCAUUGUCUUCCGCUCCACCAAGCACCGACCAUACUGUUGUUAACGAUCAUAAUGAUCGAACGGUUCAUGCCGAACAUACCGAUCAGAACUUAGAAGAGGAAGAGAACGAAUUCACGCUCGAAGCUGAACAACAGCCAUCUCUCGUGCAUACCAGUCCGGUGAGCACGUGCGCUAACUCAUUCGUGAUUCGGGGAUCAAAGAGAAAGCGACCUGGAACGACAUGCGGAACGACGGGUUUAACGUGCGAGAUCAACGCUAUGGAUCUGGACGUCGACAGAACACCCAAGAGAAAUAAUCGUGACCCGAUAUUUGCCUGCACGAGCCCGAUAACCAACGUUUCGGUGCCUGUAGAUUCAACAAUUGUCAUCGCUGACGUUACAAAUAACGGAAACAAAACACCGAAUCAAAACACCGAGCAGGAUGCUGGAUCAGCUGGUAGAGUAGCUUUUAGCACACCAGUGUCUUCCACCAGGCAGAGAGGUGACAACGAGAAUAAGGAACAGCGCUAUGAAGAGGAGGACGCUAGGAGUUUCAUAAAGACGAGAUUUCGACUGCCACCACCGCCCGCUUUGCACUCUGCGACCGAUCAUACGGAUUCGGACACCACAUCCGAAGGUCACCGCUCGCCUCAAGGUAUCUCGCCUAUAAAGACGCCGGUGACAUCAGGUAAUUGUUACACGCCUUACAGAACACCGAAAUCCGUCAGGAGAGGCGGUCAGAGUGGCGUUAGCAGAUCGGACGACCGCAUACUCGGCACGCCUGAUUAUCUGGCGCCGGAAUUGCUGCUCAAAAAAGGUCACGGACCGGCUGUUGACUGGUGGGCGUUGGGCGUGUGUCUGUAUGAAUUCUGCACUGGUAUACCGCCGUUCAACGACGAAACACCCCAGGCAGUGUUCAAGAAUAUUCUUGCGCGCGACGUUCCCUGGCCCAAGGACGGAGAGGCUCUGUCAUCUGCCGCGACCGAGGCCAUCGACGCGCUUCUCACGUUAGAUCAAGCGAUGCGACCCUCGGCAAAGGAGGUGCGCGCUAUGGCCCUCUUUCACGACUUUCCCUGGAACGAACCGUCGAAAGCGAUACCGCCGUUCAUCCCACAGCCGGACGAUAAGUACGAUACGUACUACUUUCAAACACGGAAUACUAUGCAGCAAUUGAAUAUAAGUAAUUGCGAUACGUAGCAUUAUGUCGCAUGCAGACGUGGCAGAAAUAGAAGCUUUAUAAUGUCGAGAAAAGAUGGUAUUAUACAUAACUUUAUUUUUUAUACACUCGUGUAUGUAUAGAGCAAUAUAUAAUAUUCUUGUUAUUACACUUGUAAUCUCCAGGUUCGCAUUUCUUAUCAGGUAAAUGAAUGUAAUGGUGGCUUUAUAUUAAUGAUAAACAAAAGCGUAUACAUGAAACACGAUGAUGUGAAACUUAAGAUGAUACGAUUAAUUAAAAAAAAAAAAUAUGACAAUAUUAAAGGACAGUGGUCAAAAUGGGCAAACUUUUUUUUAAUGCUAUAAGCGAAUUUUCCACGAGUUCUAAAAUUCGCCUAUUUUGAUCAUUUUCCUUUCUUAAAAAAAAAAAA